AUGUUGAGGGUGUGGAUCCCCAACUCUCGAGAGAGUUAUGUUGAGGGUGUGGAUCCCAAACCUGCGGAUGUGUUUUCCCAGGAAAUUACCGAGUCAGUUAAUGUCUUGGUAGAUGAUGGAUCAAGUGUAGGCGCUUAUACACUUGAUCUGGUGACGCCCCCGAAGUCAGCUUCGGAGAUAGUCAAGUUGCCAACGCUAGAGUCUAAAAGAUUCUUGCGAGAUCUGCGCAGUGGCAAGAUCAAGCAGAUCUGCGUACUCGUCACAGAGGACGAGAAUGUCGCCGAUACUCGGUCGGCACAAGUGUUUGCUGAGAACGAACGGGUUAUCAGUAGCCCAUCUACGGACGAGAUUGUCCUCGAUGAGAAGACCCGGAUUGAGCGAUACACGUCUCAAUAUUGGGAGUCUUCAAAGACAAAUCCUACGUAUAAGGAUUUGGUGGAAUUCAGGGAUGUUUUCCCGGUAUCCGUGCCAUGCGAAUUGCCCAAAGACAAGGCACUCGGCAUGAGAUCAAAGUGA